ACAAGACACAUACCAGAACUUGAACUUACGGCGAUACAGCUUCGUCACGAAGCUACUGGUGCGGAACAUUUACAUAUUGCUCGUGAUGAUGAUAAUAAUGUGUUUGGUGUGGGGUUCUCAACACCACCUAUGAAUAGUAGUGGGACUCCACAUAUUUUGGAGCAUACCACAUUAUGUGGUAGUAAAAAAUUUCCUAUACGAGAUCCUUUUUUUAAAAUGUUAAAUCGUAGCUUGGCGAAUUUCAUGAAUGCUUUUACAGCAAAUGAUUAUACAAUAUAUCCAUUUUCUACAACUCACCUAUUGGAUUAUGAAAAUUUGAGAGAUGUUUAUAUGGAUGCAACCUUUCAUCCUUAUUUAAGAGAACUAGAUUUUAAGCAAGAGGG